AUGCCGCCCUCCAUCUCGGCCUUCCAGGCCGCCUACAUUGGCAUCGAGGUGCUCAUCGCCCUGGUCUCUGUGCCCGGGAACGUGCUGGUGAUCUGGGCAGUGAAGGUGAACCAGGCGCUGCGGGAUGCCACCUUCUGCUUCAUCGUAUCGCUGGCGGUGGCUGACGUGGCGGUGGGCGCUCUGGUCAUCCCACUAGCCAUCCUCAUCAACAUUGGGCCACGGACCUAUUUCCACACCUGCCUCAUGGUCGCCUGCCCUGUCCUCAUCCUCACCCAGAGCUCCAUCCUUGCCCUGCUGGCAAUUGCCGUGGACCGCUACCUCCGCGUCAAGAUCCCGCUCCGCCCUCACUCUGCCUUCCUGUCCUCUGCUCUACUGAGGGAGGCCGAGCUGCAGUGGAAGCCGUGA